AUGUCUCAAGCAGAUAUCAGGCUGGUGAAUGGUGGCAGUGUGUGUUCUGGAAGAGUUGAGGUUCUUCAUAAUGGAGUUUGGGGAACUGUGUGUGAUGAUGGUUGGGAUCUAUCAAAUGCUGCAGUGGUCUGUAAAGAGCUGGGCUGUGGUGCUGUUAUAGAGGCAAAGAGCAAUGCUUAUUUUGGACAAGGUUCAGGUCAAAUAUGGUUGGAUGAUGUACAGUGUAGAGAGAAUGAAACUACACUGAAAAACUGUUCAGCACAACCAUGGGGAUCACACAACUGUGUACACAGUGAAGAUGCUGGAGUCAUCUGCCAAAAUGUAAGACUGGUGAAUGGUGGCAGUGUGUGUUCUGGAAGAGUUGAGGUUCUUCAUAAUGGAGUUUGGGGAACUGUGUGUGAUGAUGGUUGGGAUCUAUCAGAUGCUGCAGUGGUGUGUCGAGAGCUGGGCUGUGGUGCUGUUAUAGAGGCAAAGAGCAAUGCUUAUUUUGGACAAGGUUCAGGACAAAUAUGGUUGGAUGAUGUACAGUGUAGAGGGAAUGAAACAUCACUGAAAAACUGUUCAGCACAACCAUGGGGAUCACACGACUGUGGACAUAAUGAAGAUGCUGGAGUCAUCUGCCAAUUGGGCUGGAUGCAAACAACCGUGGCUCCACUUAGCUGGACACCAACAACCGCAGCACCACUUACAGUGGGCCGGACACAAACAACUGCAGCUCCUAAUACAGAUAUCAGGCUGAUGAAUGGUGGCAGUGUGUGUUCUGGAAGAGUUGAGGUUCAUCACAAUGGAGUUUGGGGAACUGUGUGUGAUGAUGGUUGGGAUCUAUCAGAUGCUGCAGUGGUGUGUAAAGAGCUGGGCUGUGGUGCUGUUAUAGAGGCAAAGAGCAAUGCUUAUUUUGGACAAGGUUCAGGACAAAUAUGGUUGGAUGAUGUACAGUGUAGAGGGAAUGAAACUACACUGAAAAACUGUUCAGCACGUCCAUGGGGAUCACACGACUGUGGACACAGUGAAGAUGCUGGAGUCAUCUGCCAAUCUACAAGAAACCCAUGCUCAGAACUCAACUGUACUCAGGAUGAGUGGUGUGGAGAAAAGGAUGAUGUUUACGGCUGUUUCUGUAACAAAAACAACAACACCCAUCUAAUGUCCAGCUUUGACACUUUCGAUAUCUAUGAGACGUGUGAAAGCAGUUCUGGGUUCAUGUCUCUGUCUCGCUGUCAGCUCUUUGAAGCUGGUUUUUCUGCGGAUCUCUUACACCUGAAUGACCCCAGCUGUACAGGAACAGUCCAGAAUGGCAGAGUAGAGUUCAGAUUUGACAACAAUGACCACAUCUGUGGUACAAGUCUUAUGGCCAAUGGCACUCACUUCAUCUAUGAAAACUUUAUUCUCAGUGAUCCAGACUUAACAGGUCUGGAAGGUUCAAUUAGCAGAAAGAGAAUCCUGAAACUGCUUUUCAGCUGUAUCUACCAGCAAACCCAAACACUUUCAAUAGACAUCAACCCUCUGGGAAGCAUUGUGCAGAAACAACUUCCUGCUGGUCAGGGGACAUAUCAGGUCAGGAUGGUUCCAUAUCAGGAUGCUCAGUUCUCCAAGCCGUUCAAUGGUAGUGCGGAUGUUGAGGUGGACCAGAAGAUUUUUGUGGAAGUGCGUGUUGAUGGAGUUGACGGUCAUCAGUUUGCUUCAGUGAUUGACACAUGUUGGGCGACACCUGUCAAUGAUGCUCAGUCCUCUCUCCGCUGGGAUCUCAUCGUUGGCGAGUGUCCCAAUCCAAAUGAGGACACAGUGGAGCUUCUGCAGAACGGAGUCUCCACAUCUAGCCGUUUUUCAUUCAGGAUGUUUAUCUUCAUUGCAAACUCAGCAGAAGUUUAUCUGCAUUGCAACAUACAUCUUUGUCUUCUGACCUACAACGACUGCUCAGCUCAUUGUUACCCUGGACGUCACCCCAGAGAGCGCAGAUCUCUGGCCUCUCAUGACAGUGCUGACAUAUCUAUUGGUCCACUGGUCCGCUCUAAAGAGAUUUGA